ACCUGCCACCACGCCUGGCUAAUUUUUGUAUUUUUAAUAGAGGCAGGGUUUGUCAUGUUGGCCAGGCUGGCCUUGAACUCCUGACCUCGGGUAAUCUGCCUGCCUCAGCCUCCCAAAGUGCUAGGAUUACAGGCAUGAGCCACCACACCUGGCCACUGUGAAGAUUUUAAUUCUAAACUGUAGACGUGGGCAUGUUUGAUGUUAACUUGUCUUAACUGUAGAAGGUGAAUAAGUUCAGUCUUAGAGAACAAUGAUAACUUCUGCAUGAGAAUAUUUUUAGAUCUCUUUGUGUUCAGGUAGUAAAAGAGGUUAGGUGCUUCUAGAAUAUUAUGUGGAAGGUAGAGCUGCUGUCUGAGGAGGGUUAACAGGCAUAGUUUGGUGGAGGGUUGUGGUGAGGUAUUAGCCAAAAGCUACAGGAAGUGGAGAUUUGUUUAAAGUUGUAUGUUUAGACUUUGAAAAUUUCCAUGAAUUUUGCAACUUGCUCCAUAGUAGAUCAGUGUGUGUUAUAUAAUUUUUUUUAAAUUUACACUUACAGUUGGGUAUAAUUAAUACUCUGGGAAGAUUCUGCAGUUUAACCUGAUACUUGGAGUAUCCCUGGCACUUCUCUUCGUAUUGCCAGGUGCAGGUGGCCUCAUUUGAGAGGGAAAGUGUAGCAGAUGAGAGAGCUUGGACUUUGGAGACAAACAAAUUCGAGUUCUUUCUCUGGAUUCAUUUCCUUGUGUGUAGAACAGGGUUGAUAAUGCCUGCCUCAUAGGAAGGAUUUUGUGAAGAUUUAAACCAUGUGGUGGAUCAGGCACAUAGGAAACAUUUCAUAAGUUGUAGUGGCUGUCAUUAUUAGUACUAUGCCCCUGUGAUCUUUCUUUACUAGGGGGAAUUUCUAGUAGUGUUCAGUGUUAAGAAGCAGUGGUGGUGGCAAUUUCUGAAUUGCCUGCAAAUGGCUGCUUGAAUCAGUCGUGCUCUUCCCCAGAGAGAAUUUUCCCUUGGAACUGCUGGCCAUUUUUGGAGGUAUAUUAACUCCCCCACUACAGUGUCAGUAUAUUACCAGGUGCGUCCUGUGGCACCCCCCUGAGGCUACCAGGAAUCUGUGCAGAUCUUGGAGGGCCUGACGUACCUCCAGGGAUUGAGACUGACCAGGCAUAGAGUGGACUGGAACCAGUAGCUGGCUGGUUUUGUUGUUGUUGUUUUUCGAUUAACCAAAAAAGGUUGGUUUUUAGUACAGUUAACAUUUUUUGAGAACCUAUUAUAUGCUGAAUGCUGUGCUUAAGUACUUCUAACGACUUCAUUUCGUUCCCUUUUCCCGACAGCUUUGUUCGAUCAGUGGUGAUUUCCCAGAUUUCUUGAGUUAAAGCAAUGCAGAGUGAUAGAGCCUAAGGCAUACAGUAUCCUGGCUGGAUUGCUGCAUUUUCUAAAUGCUUAAAUAUUUCCAGUUUACACCCUGGGAGUGGGUUAGUCACUGGAAAAAUGACAUUUAUUUUAUGACAGUGAUAAACAGCAGUUAUAACUGUAACCUUUUUGUAAUUUAUGACAAUAUGUGAAAGAGGACACAGGACAGAUUGUUACCUCAUUUUGUGAAUGAAACCUUGAGACCUAGAUAAGUGGCAUGCCCCAAAUCAUGUAAGUAAUGACAGAGCUGGGUCAAGGGCCCAGGUCUUUUGACGCUUAUAUAUUGUAUUCUGUCAAUUUUCUUAUUAAAAAAAUUUCCUAUUAUUGUGCAAUAGGAAAACUGGAGAGAGUGAAAAUUAUGUUACUCAGGAACCAUUGUGUGAUCAUUAGAGUUCUCAUCUUGGAAUCUGUGAGCUCCACUUCUCCCUUUAAAAUCAGUCACCAUGACUUUCUUUUUACAGACAAAACAAAACCAAUGAGGAGGGAAUAUAGUUUGAAGCUGUUUUGUAUUUUUUUCCAGGAGGAGAAGGACCAUAUAAUUCUAGAAGGGAAAAGGCGAGGCAUCAGCGUAUGAAGACCGCAAAGACAAUCCCGAGUACAGUUGUGAACGGCAUUGCUGCUAGGCUCCUUCUGCAGAUCAUCUGAAAUGAACCUCUCUUAUUGAUUUUUAUUGGCCUAGAGCCAGGAGUACUGCAUUCAGUUGACUUUCAGGGUAAAAAGAAAACAGUCCUGGUUGUUGUCAUCAUAAACAUAUGGACCAGUGUGAUGGUGAAAUGAGAUGAGGCUCCGCAAUGGAACUGUAGCCACUGCUUUAGCAUUUAUCACUUCCUUCCUUACUUUGUCUUGGUAUACUACAUGGCAAAAUGGGAAAGAAAAACUGAUUGCUUAUCAACGAGAAUUCCUUGCUUUGAAAGAACGUCUUCGAAUAGCUGAACACAGAAUCUCACAGCGCUCUUCUGAAUUAAAUACGAUUGUGCAACAGUUCAAGCGUGUAGGAGCAGAAACAAAUGGAAGUAAGGAUGCAUUGAAUAAGUUUUCAGAUAAUACCCUAAAGCUGUUAAAGGAGUUAACCAGCAAAAAAUCUCUUCAAGUGCCAAGUAUUUAUUAUCAUUUGCCUCAUUUAUUGAAAAAUGAAGGAAGUCUUCAACCUGCUGUACAGAUUGGCAACGGAAGAACAGGAGUUUCAAUAGUCAUGGGCAUUCCCACAGUGAAGAGAGAAGUUAAAUCUUACCUCAUAGAAACUCUUCAUUCCCUUAUUGAUAACCUGUAUCCUGAAGAGAAGUUGGACUGUGUUAUAGUAGUCUUCAUAGGAGAGACAGAUAUUGAUUAUGUACAUGGUGUUGUAGCCAACCUGGAGAAAGAGUUUUCUAAAGAAAUCAGUUCUGGCUUGGUGGAAGUCAUAUCACCCCCUGAAAGCUAUUAUCCUGACUUGACAAACCUAAAGGAGACAUUUGGAGACUCCAAAGAAAGAGUAAGAUGGAGAACAAAGCAAAACCUAGAUUACUGUUUUCUAAUGAUGUAUGCUCAAGAAAAGGGCAUAUAUUACAUUCAGCUUGAAGAUGAUAUUAUUGUCAAACAAAAUUAUUUUAAUACCAUAAAAAAUUUUGCACUUCAACUUUCUUCUGAGGAAUGGAUGAUUCUAGAGUUUUCCCAGCUGGGCUUCAUUGGUAAAAUGUUUCAAGCGCCAGAUCUUACUCUGAUUGUAGAAUUCAUAUUCAUGUUUUACAAGGAGAAACCCAUUGAUUGGCUCCUGGACCAUAUUCUCUGGGUGAAAGUCUGCAACCCUGAAAAAGAUGCAAAACAUUGUGAUAGACAGAAAGCAAAUCUACGAAUUCGCUUCAGACCUUCCCUUUUCCAACAUGUUGGUCUGCACUCAUCACUAUCAGGAAAAAUCCAAAAACUCACGGAUAAAGAUUACAUGAAACCGUUACUUCUUAAAAUCCACGUAAACCCACCUGCAGAGGUAUCUACUUCCUUGAAGGUCUACCAAGGGCAUACGCUGGAGAAAACUUACAUGGGAGAGGAUUUCUUCUGGGCUAUCACGCCAAUAGCUGGAGACUACAUCUUGUUUAAAUUUGAUAAACCAGUCAAUGUAGAAAGUUAUUUGUUCCAUAGCGGCAACCAAGAACAUCCUGGAGAUAUUCUGCUAAACACAACUGUGGAAGUUUUGCCUUUUAAGAGUGAAGGUUUGGAAAUAAGCAAAGAAACCAAAGACAAACGAUUAGAAGAUGGCUAUUUCAGAAUAGGAAAAUUUGAAAAUGGUGUUGCAGAAGGAAUGGUGGAUCCAAGUCUCAAUCCCAUUUCAGCCUUUCGACUUUCAGUUAUUCAGAAUUCUGCUGUUUGGGCCAUUCUUAAUGAGAUUCAUAUUAAAAAAGCCACCAACUGAUCAUCUGAGAAACCAACACAUUUUUUCCUGUGAAUUUGUUAAUUAAAGAUAGUUAAGCAUGUAUCUUUUUUUUUAUUUCUACUUGAACACUACCUCUUGUGAAAUCUACUGUAGAUAAGACGAUUGUCAUUUCCAGUUGGAAAGUGAAUCUCCCAUAAUUGUAUUCAUUUGAAACUAAGCUGUCCUCCGAUUUUAACUUGACUCAAACAUUUUUCAAUUAUGACAGCCUGUUAAUAUGACUUGUACUAUUUUGGUAUUAUACUAAUACAUGAGAGUUGUACAUAUUGUUACAUUCUUUAAAUUUGAGAAAAACUAAUGUUACAUACAUUUUAUGAAGGGGGUACUUUUGAGGUUCACUUAUUUUACUAUUAUAGACCCUCUUUUAUAGAUUAUCAGGGAUUAUAUGUAUAAAUGUAUAAAUAUACAUAAAAAUGUUAUGGAAUUAAUUUAUUAGAAACACUUAAGAAGUACAUAUUUUUGUGCAGUAGAUUUUUGAAUCGAUACUUUUUUUGAAAACCAGUUUUCCUUGCUUUUUUAAGUUCUUUCUAUAUUUUUCUUUGGAAAUGCAAACAUUACAAAUCAAUGCCAUUUUUCAAAUGCACUGCCAUUUAAGAUUGAUUAUAGAUGGAUUUCUUAACUGAAGUACUUUUAUAAUCACAGUGACUGAACAAAAUAUUUUCAAAGACAUUUGUCAUUCCUUAAAGCCAAGAUUUUAAAGACUAAUGUCCUUCCUGAGGGUUACUUUACUAUACUGUGUAUGGUGUAUAGCCACAGAAAGUCAGUCUGAUAAAUUUUCAAUGUGUAAGUGUGAUGCAUUCAACCCAGAUUAUUGUAGACUUAUUAUAUUCCCUCUGAUAUGUAAAAUGACAAACUCUUCUUUCCUUUUUAAUCUUUGUCUUUAAUCCAUGAAUUAGGUGCAUUAUCUCCUGUUGAUUCUUUUAUAUCUGCACUCAUUUUAUGAGGUCUGACAAAAUGUUUUCUAGGUGUUGCUAUUGUAUGAGUCAUAAAUGGUAUAAUUUUAAAGAAACAUUGUAAUAUUGUUUUUUGGUGAAAUAUAUUAUUAGUAGUAUAUUUUCCAAAAUGAUUUUAUUGUAGUAUGAACUGAUAAGUGAGUCCCGUGUCCAAGAGAGUGUAUUUAUUACUCUUAAACAUGCAAUUCCAAGUGAUAUUACUACUAUAAACAAAGAAUAUUACCGGUCUCAGUAAUCAGUGAUCUUUAUAAAAGUACUUUUAAAAAAUGAUGAAUUAUCACCUGGCACAGUGGCUCACACCUGUAAUCCCAGCACUUUGGGAGGCCGAGGCGGGCAGAUCACGAGGUCACGAGAUCAAGACCAUCCUGGCUAACACGGUGAAACCCUGUCUCUACUAAAAAUACAAAAAAUUAGCUGGGCGUGGUGGUGGGCGCCUGUAGUCCCAGCUACUCGCGAGGCUGAGGCAGGAGAAUGGCGUGAACCCAGGAGGUGGAGCUGGCAGUGAGCCGAGAUCGCGCCACUGCACUCCAGCCUGGGCGACAGUGAGACUCUGUCUCAAAAAAAAAAAAAAAAAGAUGAAGUAUCAACAUCAGUUCCCAGCCAGUCUGCUUGGACACACUGGGGUGCCACAAGUGGGUUGCAGAUUGGUUGCAGAUGGGCAGAGAUGGAUUCUGCUGAGCUUUCAGAGUGGCCACCGGCUGGGGCCUAGCAUUGGGGCAACGUUCCAGCUGGCUGCCUCUAGCCUGGAGGAGCUUCAUCUAGUUAUACCCAAUGUGCUGAACCAACGGCAUGAAAUAGCAUCAUUUCCUGUGCAGUGUUACAAAGUGCAAAUGUUUGGAAACACUGAUACAGUACAAUUAUUUCCAUCACUCCAUGUUGUUAUAAUUUUUAGUUACUUUUCUUGAUUGAAAAGUCAAUCACGUUGCCAAAAAUGAUUUUUAUGUCAGUUAAAGGCCAGUUGAAAUUUUUUUAUUAGGAUGUUUUAAAUUUACUUUUCACUUGAAUUUUUUCUUCUCAAAUUUCCUUGGCCCAGUGCCCACAAGCAAAUUUCAUUCAAAAACAGGAAUAACCUUUCGUCAUAAAAUUUUGGCACCAGCUUGGCAUACUAAAUUACCGCAAAAAUAACUGAGUACCAGAAGUAAAAAUCUCUGCAGGUGGGCUUAGGAGUACCCUUGGGUCCCUGGUUCCUCAGUUGCCAACUCUGGUUUCAUGAAGAAAGACCAUGCUCUGAAAAUCUAGGGAGGAGAAAGUUAUUGCAGCACCUGGUGUGAUUUGUUACAACUUCUUUAAAGACAGCCUGCCUGGCUAGCUUUUUCCUGUUUUCAUCCAGUUUCCUCUCCCAGCAUUGGUCCACCUGUUCCCUAGAGACUCAUUGUUGUUCCCAAGACUCCUUUUAGCCAUAUCUUUCCUAUCAUUCCAGGACUUUUUUGUGCUUCUCUCCCCAUGAAUCUACCCGUGUCUAGGGUGUGUGCCAGGCACGUGGCAGAUGGCCAGUCAGCAUCUGGAUGUGAGACCAAUUAUUCCAGCCUGCCCUCCUCUUUCUCUUUUUAUUAGUUUGUAUUGUUUUUGAGACAGGGUCUCGCUUUGUUGCCCAGGCUGGAGUGCAGUGGUGCUCUCAUAGCUCACUGCAGCCUCGAUCUCUGGCCUCAAGCAAUCCUCCUGCCUCAGCCUCCCAAAGUGCUGGGAUUAUAGGUGUGUGCCACCAUGCCCAGCCCCCUUUCUCUUUCUUAACUCCCUUUCCCUGCUGUCGUUGCCAUACUCUUGCAUACACAAUCGGCUGUCUAGUUUUUGGUUGUUGUGUGUAUGGUGUGUGCUGUCUCUCUGACCAGAUUUCAGGUUCCUGAGGUGAGCCUGCAGCUCAUACUGCUCAUCUGUCCUCUCCUGUAGUGGGUGCUCAGGGCCUCUCACUGUUAGUUACUCCCUCCUUUCUGCCCAGUUCUGCACUCAACUAGUAGAAGCAGCCAUCCUUUCCCCAAGCAGGAAAUUGUAGUGGUCGCCCUUAAGAGCAGUGUGAGGGCAGAAGAUUAAGGGAGGGGAAGAGUCCCUGGAACUGGAAGGAGGUAAAUACUUUGCCUUGAGAGGGCGCUGAAUCAUUUUACCAAAAUAGUAAACGGAAAAAGUGUCAAAGGUUGGGACUAGUUUUAAAAACACAUAUAGCCAGUAGACACAUGGGGGCUGUUUAAAUAAAAAAAUUUUUUUACCUGGUUCUGCCAUCACACACUCUAGUGACAUUCCAAGUACUCAGUGGCCAUGUGGGGCUAGUGGCCACCACACUUGACACCACGGAUGCAGAACUUUUCCAUCACUGCAGAAAGCUCUGUUGAACAGUAUUGUGUCCAGGGUGCUAAUUAUGAACAGUUUAGAAACCACAAUUAAUACAUUCUCAUGAGGUUAAAAGCAGACAUGGGAAUAGAACAUAAUGCAAAUGAUGAUGAAUAUUUUGGGUGGGAAGAGAAAGCUGAGGACCCAUUUCUAGGAUUCUAACAUGUAAGAUUUCUUAAGUUCUUUAUCUUAGUCUCAUGCAUUCUCCACAUCAUGUGCUGUACCAUACUGUGUAGUCAGAACAGACAGUGUGAUUGAAAAGCUUUGGAAAAAGUUAACGCAAAGGAUUAUUUAGCAUAUAGGCUGUAGAUACGUAUGUGUGUAUUUGUUCAACAAUUGGAGAUGGUUGAAUACCUUUGAACAAAGUGUAUAUCUUCUCAAAACAGUGGUUGCACUAGUCAAUAAUUAGAAGGUGUGUCGUUAUUUUUAAAACUAUAAGCAAAAUUAUGAAGGCCUUUAAAAAAUCUAUCAUAAUAAUGAAAAAGAGGUUGUCUCCCAACAGUGCUGUCCCUCAAAGAAAAGACUGGUUAUGUAGAAACAGCACAUUUGGAGAGAUUGUUCUAGUGAAUAGCAGUGUAUAUUUGUGGUAGGCAAAUUUCUAAGAAUGACCCCUACUGACACCCCCGCCAAUGACCUUGUAUAAUAUCCUCCCCCCCUUUGAGCUUGGGUGGAACCUGUUUGAUCCAUGAUUAUAUCAUGUUAUGUAGCAAAAGGAAGACUGCCUGGGGGUGGCUAAUCAAAUCUUGUGACUCCUUUAAAAGCAGAGAGUAUUCUCAGGCUGGUGGCAGAAGUCAAGAGACAAAGCAGAAGGACCUCAGGCACCAUUGCUGUUGUAAGGUAGAGGGGGCUGCAUGAGAAAGAAUGCACGUGGCUUUAAGGAGCUGAGGGAGGCCUUGGCUAACAGCAAAGGAGCUGGGAACUGCAGUCCUACAGCCACGGGAACUGAAUUCAGCCCAUAAGCUCAUUCGUGGGCUUGGAAAGGCAUUCAUCUCCAGUCUCCAGAUAAGACCCAGCCUGGCCAACACUUUUGAGUCCAGCCUUGUGAGACCCUAAGCCGAGAACUCAGUUAAGCCUGCUUGGACUUCUGACCUACAGAACUAUGAGAUAAUAAAUCAGUGGUGUUUUAAGCUGCUAAAUUUGUGGCAAUUUGUUUUGUAGGAAUAGGAAAUGAAUACAGUAUUUUAAAAGAGGUAAAGAGGAAAUCUUCAUACUUGAUUCCCUGUAGUACGCUGGAUAUUUCUUGGUAAAUGCAUGAAUAGUCUUUAGUAGCAAGUCAUGUACCUGGACCUCAUUGGGGAUGUUCUCGCCAGAGAUCUCAAUUAGUCUUCACUGGACGUUUGUUGGCAAAGUUGCAGCAUCUUACUGAGUAGCGUUUUGUAAAGGAACUGCUAGAAUGAGACUAUAGGAAUAGGACUGAAACAGUGUAUAAGGGAUCUUUUUUAUUUCUAGAAGAGGUGUUACUUUAUACUGAUUUAGACUGCUCUGAGCCUGUCAGAAGUAAAUUCAAGAAUGACUAACACUGGUAUUUUAGAUACAACAUUAAGAGCAAAAAUAACCUUUACCUUGUAGAGAUCAGAUAAUCUGUGUAUCGACGGACUUAAUUUUUUUUAACCAAAACUUAGUUUCUCUUUUUAUCAUCUAGCACAGAUCAAAUCCUGUAUGGGCCAGCCAAAUAUUUGUAGUUUGAGAAUGUUUUGCAAAUACCUCUCUGCUUCCAAGCCAUUAAUUGCUAAUGAAGUUUUAUUUUGGUUUAUCCAUUAAUUUUUGUGCUUAUUUUUACUGUAUUGCCAUGGUCUUGAUACAAGUAGAACUUCUUUUGAAAUGAAGAAAAUGAGAGGUUAAGACUGUCAAAAUAUGAGAAAUGUGAGUCAUAAUCAUACCUUAGUGUUUUAAGGGAACUUUAUCCAAUCCAAUCCCUUUAUAGAAAAGGAACUUUUCCAAGCUGUGUUGCAAUAUUUAUAGUGUGUAAAAUUUUGUUUGACUUUGGUAGUUGUGCAUUUUAAAUUAUGAAUCUUAUAUGCUAUGCUAACUAGUAUGCUUACUUUCUUUAAUGCAUGUGAUCAUACAAUGCUAAAAAGGUAUUUUUUAAAGACCUAACCAAACUGAGGAUUUUGUUAUACAUAUCUGUAUCAACACCUAUAUAUAAACUCCUCUCUUCUUACCUGAAACACUCCUUCACCCGGUUUGGGCACUAACUAGAUCAUUUUCAAAUGAACAAACAGGAAGGAGCAAGCUGGCACUCCAGAGUGCAUCUGAGCGGAGAAUUUAGAAGACCUUAUUCAAGAAAGUAAACUGAGCAUUGAUGGGAAAGCACUUUGCACGAAGUAUCAUUCCCACUGUUAAUGUUGCAGUCAAAAUUGUAAAAAAAAAAAAAAAGCGGUGCUAAAAUUGUUCUAAAAUGAAGAUUGUUGUGGGGAAUAUUUUAAUACUCUUGGACUUUAGGGAGGCUAUUUUAUGUGUCACUUGCUCCUAGUUGUUUCAUUGUAUUAGUAAUUAGCAAACUGUCCUGGAACCAAGGGUUUGGUACUUUUGCUUGAUUAGCAUUCCAUUAUUUAUUUGAAAUGCUCAGUGUUUGCUCAAAUUUGGUGAAAGUAUCUUUUGAAGACAUAUUCUCUGAGCCUUAAAAAUGGCUGCUAUCGACAGUACUGUAAGAUGCACUGCCAGUAGAUUUGAUACUUUUCAUUUAUGGAAUGAAAAAACUGAAGUGUCCCAUUCAGAACACUUUGGAAAGGUUGUCUGCAUUAGGGGAUGUUUCUGGAAGCAUCCCUUAGGAGAAGCUGCCUGAGCAAUCUUCCUUGCCAGGUUGUACCAGAUUUUUUUUUUUCUUAAAUGUAUCGUAUAUAUUUUCCUUAAAAUGUCUUCAUUGGCUGAAUGAUUCAUAUCUGUAGUAAUAAAUAUUUUAGGUACUUGUUGGAUUUUUAAAGGAAGAUUAUUUAUUUUCAGAUUUGCUGCUAUAAUUGAAAACCUAGUAACUGGUCCUGUUGAUUGUGCCUUCAUCACUGUUUCUCUGUGCCACGACCGUUCAUGUGUAUUUGAAAUAAAGAAGUUUAAAAAGCCAUGUUGAAUUCAAGAUUCUUUCUAAUAAAAAUAGGUGAAACUUAA